AUCUUCAAAAAUAAACGACAAAAAGAACAUCCGUAUCAAUUCGAUUGACAAAAGUAACAUAAUUUAACACUAUUUACAUGGAAAAUUGUAAUUAGUCAACAAAUGUAUCCCACUAAACGAAAUACAAUUUAGUUUACGGCGUGGCGAACAAAUUGGAGUGACGGACAAUAUGGACGAAAACUCAAAAGGAAGAUAGUAACAACACUGUUUGUAAGAUAAAACUGUUUUGGUUUAUUUGAAUUAGCGUCCUCCAUCAGUGUAAUGUGCUACUAGGCAAAAGCAAAAAGGCGUAAAAUAUUUUAUAGGCAGCAUGGAGCCACUCCUGUCCGUAGACGAGGGUUCCAAAGAGAACAUGCAUGUCCCAGAACAGACAGAAACCCCCGUUCCAAGAACUUUAACUCAACAGGAGCUGGAUAGACUGGGUGCAGAGCAGACAUUGGUGUCCAACUUCAAGCUGAUGAAAUUAGAGCAAGAAGCCCAAAAGAACUGGGAUUUGUUCUACAAAAGGAAUACGACUAAUUUCUUCAAAGACAGGCACUGGACCACCAGAGAGUUCGAAGAGCUGAAAGCGUGUCGGGAGUUUGAAUCACAAAAGUUGGUGCUACUGGAGGCAGGCUGUGGGGGAGGGAACUGCAUUUUCCCACUGCUUGAAGAAGACCUUAACAUCUUUGUGUAUGCCUGCGACUUCUCACCACGAGCUGUUGAUUUUGUCAAGCAAAAUCCACUGUAUUGCCCAGAGAGAUGUUGUGCCUUUCAGUGCGAUUUAACUAAAGAUGACUUGAGGACAAAUGUGCCAGAGGGCAGUGUGGAUGUCAUCACGUUAAUCUUUGUCCUGUCUGCCAUUCAUCCAGAUAAGAUGAAGAUGGCUUUGCAGAACAUUAGCAGGGUGCUGAAGCCUGGUGGCAUGGUGUUGUUUAGGGAUUAUGGUCUCUAUGACCAUGCCAUGCUCCGAUUCAAAGCUGGAAACAAGUUGGGGGAGAACUUCUAUGUUCGCCAAGAUGGAACCAGAUCCUACUUUUUCUCUAAAGAAUUCCUGGCUGAGAUCUUUGAAGACCAAGGAUUUCAAACUAUUACCAACGACUACGUCCUGAGAGAGACUGUAAACAAGAAGGAAGGACUCUGUGUCCCCAGAGUCUUUCUGCAGAGUAAAUUCACUAAGCCCUGUGUUUCAGGCAGUUCCUGAUCUCACCUGUGUUCUUUAUGAAUGAGGAACAAUAAGAGUGAGACGCUCAAAUGAAAGGAGGUCUCAGUGACUCUUCGUAGCUGCCAACAUUAAAGGGAACAUUUUUUUUGGUAGGUAAAGACUCACACUGUUGUGGGAGGAGUAUGGGACUGCUUUUUUUUCAACUCUGUGUGAACACAGAACUGUGUGAAAUAAUAUAAUCAUGAAUAUAAGUAUAUCAGAAUAUAAUUGCACUUCCCAGUCCCGACGUGGAAUUAGAUUGAACUCACUUUUUACAACCCUAGUCAAUAUUUUUCAAGUUUAAUCUGUAUUUUUUUAAUCUUUAUAAUUUUCUGAACUUUUAACUCCACCAGGAAAAAAAUGUUUUCCAUUUUCUGUGUGUGUAACUUUUCAAUUGAAAUAGUUUUAAUGAUGGCCUAGGAAUUGCGUAACACCAACUAACCACCAACAAUUUCCCCUUUGGGAUUAAUAAAGUAUUUCUAAUUCUGAUUAUGGACAUGAACUGCAGUAUGCAAAAAAUUAUGAUAACAGAUGGAGACGCUUCCAACAACGUUUGAUGUUGCGCAAAGAAUGGUAAAUUAUAAAUUAAAGCUAACUUAAGUCAUUUUUAUUAACUGUGUAGUUACCGUGUAGACAAGAUUUUGUUUUUUUAAAAUCUCAAAUUGCUGUAAUUUGAUGACAAACACACAGACAAAAAAAUCAUAAAAUAUAUUUUCAAAAAAGAUUUGACUUGCUCCCAUGACUUGAUCCCACCUCUGUCUCAUGAUGAAAAUAAUGUACUUAAAUGUUGUUUUUCUACAGGAAAGACACAGAAAUCCAAUUAUAUUUGUUUCUGUACAUUCAAUAUUGAAAUGACUUUGGGCCAUAACCUCUGAGCCUUUUUAACUUCAUGAUAACUGUGUUUAAAAUUAAAGUUAACCACAUCCUUUACUAACUGAACCAGGCAUUUAAAACCUUGACAUUGUACGAAAAAAAAAACCUCAACAGUGAACUUCUAAAAUGUUUAAGCAG